AGUGUGUUGGGUCGAAGGGGAAGUUGUCCGCGAUGAUCGAGUGGUUCCCUUCGAUUGGGAAUGACUGGCGAGAAAAGAGACUCCGAUGCGGGGCGGUUAAAGAGCAUGAAGAGCUCCAAAACGGCGAAGAGCGGGAAGAGCGCGCGGAACUUCACGUCGCGGGCCGCUACGGGGAAGACGAUCACGCGUCAGUUCUCGGUGAGCGUCUACACAGAGCGAGACCUGGAGAUGAUGGGCGACAGCCGGAUCGCGGGCAUUGCGUACAGCACCUGCUUUCUCACCCUCACCAUCUUUAUCAUCGUGUGCAACGCCAUUUGGAUGCUGAUCGACGUGGAGUGGAACCACCCAGCCUUGGGCCAAGAUGGUCAGAGCCGGCUGGCCCCAGCGGACCUGAUUGUGGAGAACCUUUUCUGUAGCUUCUUUUUUGUAGAGAUCUUCAUCCGGUUGCUUGCCUUCCGGAGAUGGACAUUUGCAACUCAGGAUACUUGGUUCCUCUUUGAUGCUGUGUUGGUGGUUCUCAUGGUGCUGGAGACGUGGCUCUUGCCCUUUGUGAGCAUCUGGCUCGUGACCUCGGAAGCCUUGAACCGGAUCUCCAUCAUCCGGCUGUUUAGAUUGCUCCGCCUGGGCCGCAUCUUCCGGAUGCUGCGCUUCCACCCGGAGCUGCGGCUGCUGGCGAAGAGUAUUGUGCGUGCCAUGCACGCGGUUUUCUACAUCCUCUUCUUGCUGGUCUUGGUCACCUACUUCUUUGCCAUUGUCUUCACCACGCAGCUCGGGGUGCCGGGCACCCCCAGGGCGGGGCCCUUUGACGAGCCCACGGCGCAGCAGCUCUUCUCGGACAUGGGCUCCUCCAUGAUGUCGCUGUUCACCUAUGGCACGCUGGCAGAUGAGUUAGCUUCCGCCUUCCACGCCAUCAAAGCGGAGAGCGCGCUGCUGUUCUGGCUCUUCACGCUCUUCGUGGUGAUCUCUGGGAUCACGCUGCUGAACAUGCUCAUCGGCGUCCUUUGUCAGGUGGUGGAGGACAAUUCCAGGGAGCAUGAGAAGCAGAAGAUGCUGGUGGAUCUCAAGAGCAGCUUGGAGGAGGCCUUCGAGGCAUUGGACACCUCCCAUGAUGGGAAGAUCAGUGAAGAGGAGUUCCAAAUGAUGCGGACAGAUCCCAACGUGAUGGACAUCUUCUUUAGGCUGGGGAUGGAGGAAGAGGCGAUGGUGGAGCGGCUGAACCACAUGCAGGAGACCAUCUUCGCAGGUGCCAAGGACGACGCCGAGGAGUCUGCGGAGCCGCCGAAGAGGGUCCAGAGCUUGUCCUUCAACCAGUUCUGCGACCAGGUGAUCGAGAUGCAGAUGGGCAGCGCCGCGGGGGUGCUGGACGUGCAGCUCUUGGCGGCCAAGGUGCGGCAGGAGGACCAGAAGAUCCGGAAGACGCUGUCGCGCCUGGAGCCGGAGGUCCGUAAAGUGCUGGGCCUGGAGAUCCAGGAGGAGCGGCUGGUCACUGAGACCUCCCUAGUACCCGCGUCCGUCACCUUCGAGGACCCCGCGUCGCCGGCCUCGCCGUGCUCGCCCCUUCCGCGGGGCUCCUUCUCGGAGGCGCCGAAGGCUCCGCCAUUGGCUCCGAUGCUGGAGGAGGCGGACGUCCGGCUGCCGGAAAAUCUCCCCGGGGAGCUUCCAGAGGCUGAGGCGGAGCCAGAGCAUUUCCUCACGCAGGAGGGCUACUCCCUGUCCCAGGAUUGGCUCAGAGAGGUGCCGACGGAGCUAUUGCUGUACACGCUUAAAGCCCGAGCCGGGCCGGAAGUCAUCUACUGAGAGCCAGAUGGCUGUUAAAGCUUCGUUUUGGGUGUGUUUGAUUCUUUUAGCCCACCAGUAAAG